AUGUUGAGGUGCACGGUUAAGAAUUUUGCAUACUUUGCCACUUUCCUUACCAUUGUGACUAAUAUCUACAUUUAUACCUACUCAUCUUUCCAUCCAGAGCAGUGUUCAUGGGAAUGCUCCAACCAAAACGUCGCAUCACGAGAAGAUUUGACUCUUUUGGGGAAGGUAAAGGGAUAUUUCGGUGAUGUUCAAAAGGGAUGGCAUGGCAACCACGCCUCUGCUAAUGAUAAUGACGAUAUUCACAUCCUGGCCUUUGGUGAUCCUCAAAUAAAGGGCAUUUGGCCCAAGACUCCAUAUGUGUCUCGAUUGGACACUUAUGGUAACGACUAUUAUCUCGGCCACAUCUACGAUAUGAUGCAAAAAAGAUUGAAGCCUCAAGUGGUGGCUGUCAUGGGCGACCUUUUCUCUAGUCAAUGGAUUGGUGACUCGGAAUUCCAUAAUAGAACGAGAAGAUAUAUAAGCCGAAUCUUCAAAAGAGACCCUGCUUCAAUUGAAAGGAUUAAACAAGAGAACCUUGAUGGUGAAGGUCAAUAUAAGGCAAAUUGGUCUAAAUGGGGGGACCGCUUCAAUGAGAUUCUAAGCAAUAUCAACGAGAACGAAAUCGCAAAUCAAGAAUUAUCUUUUGAAUUUGGUUAUGAAGAUGUUUAUUCAUGGAAUCCAGAGUUGGAAGAUUUCUUGAUCGUUAACAUCACCGGUAAUCACGACGUAGGUUACUCUGGUGACGCUACCUAUCAGCAUAUGACAAGGUUCCACGAUCUUUUCGGUAAGGACAAUUAUUGGAUCGAAUACGAAACCAACACCACUCAUCCUUGGAGAAUAGUAGUGCUGAAUGAUCUUCUAUUAGAAGGUCCUGCUUUGCAACCAGAAUUUGUUGAGGCCACUUGGAUGUUUUUGAACCAACUAAACGAGCGUAAAUUUAAUGGUAGUACUAUUUUAUUGACGCACGUCCCAUUUUAUAAGCGUGAGGGUCUGUGCUAUGAUGGGCCAGAUACCAGGUUUUAUCCAGAUGGUCAUACUCCAGAAACAUACAAAGCUGGGCUCUUAAGAUCUCAAAAUCAUUUGAGUGAAUCCGUUUCGAAUCAGGUCCUGAAUUUGAUCUUCGAAAAUGGAAAGCCAGGCAUCAUAUUGACUGGUCAUGAUCACGAGGGCUGCGAAACAGUUUACAAUAAGAAAUCCGCAUCUGCUUGGGAAGCAACCAAAGAUAUUGAAAGUGACAUUUUCGUCAAGGAAAUCACAGUCAAGUCUAUGAUGGGUGAAUUUAAUGGGAACACCGGUUUGGUUACAGGGCACUUCAAUACAGAUUCAAUGACUUGGGAGUGGACCUUCAGCUUAUGCCCAUUUGCCAUUCAACAUGUUUGGUGGUUUGCUAAAGUAUCUCUCCUCGUCACUAUAUUCACUUGGUCCUCGCUACUAUUUGUCUAA